UUGCUUUCACAAUUCUCCGAAACGAUCAGAGAGAGAGAGAGAGAGAGAGAGAGAGAUCAUCAAGGUUACUUCUCACGGAAGGUUCUCACUGCAAUUUUUAAUAAAGCAAGCAAAACCAAGUUCUCUACUUCCCUCAAGGAAGAACAACAUAUAGAAGAAGCAAAACAAAGAGAAAAAGAAAAACAUUGUAGUCAUUCAGAAGAAAUUAUCAUCAAAUAGAGUCUGGGUUUGGGUUUGGGUUUGGGUUUGGGUUGGGGUUUCGUGACAACCUCCUUGUUCUGUUUCGCUGCUUAACCGAGAUUCUGGAAAAUCGAUUGCUCCACGUAAUCAUAUCCCUAACAAUCCAAGAUUUUCGCCCUCUUUUACUUGGCCCUAUUUUCCGUCCUAAUAUAACUGUUUCCAUCUCCUCCUCCUUUUUAUAUAUAUCGUUUUCCUCAUAUGCGUUGUCUUCUCUCGUUGGAUUCUCGCGAAUCCUUUGCUGCCUCUAUUCACUUCCACAUCUUGUGUGUUUCUCCACCUUCCUUCCGAUUUUGCGGCCACUGAACGACGCCGAUUUCCCUGAGGUUUUCAUCCUUCGUGCUUUUCUCUUUCUCUGGUGGACUUUGGGGUUGCUCUUAACUAGGGUUUUUUUGGGGAUCCAAGGUUCAAGUUCGUGUCUUUCUGUGAAAAUCUCUGCCGGGUAUGUGCAAAGUUGAACUCUUGUUGCACUGGGCUUGCCGUUAUAUUGAUUGAUUUCUGUGAUUUUGUCGUGAAAAGCUUAUUCUUUUAUUGUUGUUUUUUGCGGAUAGUUGGACCCGUUUGAGAAUUCGUUGGAUUUUGAUUCUAGAUAUUUUAAAAAAAGAGAGUGCUAAUUUUUUGUUCAGUACAUAGCUUAAAACCUUGUGUGGUGUGAAAAAAAGAGAAGGAAGCAGACUGAAUUGUAUGGUGGCGGUGUUCUUCAGCUAUAUCUGUGAUUGAUUUCGACCCCACCUUAUUAGGUCUUGAUUGGUUCCCCUCUGCUUGUGAUUGAGACGUAAGUGGUGGGGACUUUGCUGGGGCGGAUAAGAGAUGAGCUCCAGUGUCACUGGAAGCUUGGUCCGGGAGGGCCAGCUGCUGGUUCAUAUUGCCGAGAAUGGACAUUCAUUUGAGUUGGAUUGUGAUGAAAACACGCUUGUUGAGGCAGUUAUGAGGUCCAUUGAAUCUGUUACUGGGAUUAAUUUUAAUGAUCAGCUUGUGCUUUGUAUGGAUAUGAAACUUGAAUCACAGCGGCCGCUGUCUGCAUACAAGCUUCCAUCUGAUGACAGAGAAGUAUUCAUAUUCAAUAAAGCAAGGCUUCAAAGCAAUUCGCCGCCUCCACAGCCAGAGCAAGUUGAUAUUCCCAGUAAUUUCGAGCCACCAUCACCGUCCUCGUCGCAUGAUCCGCACCCUCUUGAUGAUGCUUUGGAUCCUGCUUUGAAGGCCUUGCCAUCUUAUGAGCGGCAAUUCAGGUUCCAUUAUCAUCGGGGCCAUGCUAUUUAUAGUAAUACCAUAAUGAAAUAUGAGCAUUGUGAGAGGCUUUUGAGGGAACAGAUGGUUCAAGAAAGAGCAGUGGAGGUUGCAAGGGGAAAUUUAGAGCAGUACUAUAGGAUGAUUAACCAAAACUAUGGGGACUUUAUGAAGCGUUACCUGCAGCAACACAGGAUACAUUCUGAUCUUUUGUCUAAUUUUGGGAAGGAUGUUGAGAGACUUCGAUCUGUUAAACUUCACCCUGCUUUACAAACUCCUAAUCGCAAGUGUUUACUGGAUUUGGUGAAGGAAGAAAAUUUGCGGAAGUCGGUGGAGAAUUGCACCAGUUCCCACAAGCAGUUUGAGAACAAGGUUUCACAAUUUAAGCAGACUUUUGGUGCAGUGAAGCGCCAGGUUGAGGAGUUGUUGUCUAACAGGGAAUUCUUAUCCAUGAAGACCCUAGAACAAGAUAUAAAAGAACAUCUGAGAUAUAUAAAUGAACAAAAGAGUAUCAUGCAAUCUCUGAGCAAAGAUGUGAACACUGUAAAGAAACUGGUCGAUGAUUGUCUAUCCUCCCAAUUGUCGUCAUCACUUCGUCCUCAUGAUGCAGUGUCAGCCUUGGGUCCUAUGUAUGAUGUCCAUGACAAAAAUCACUUGCCUAAGAUGGAGGCUUGUGAUCGUGCUAUUACUAAGCUAUUAAACAUCUGCAAGAAAAAUAAGAAUGAUAUGAACGACUUUGUGCACAGAUACAUGCAAAGCAUAACAUAUGUUUCUUAUCUCAUCAAAGAUCAGAAGCUACAAUUCCCUGUAUUCAAAGAGGCAAUGGGUCGACAGGAGGGUUUAUUUGUGGAUUUAAAGUUGUUCCAUGGUAUAGGUCCUGCAUACAGAGCUUGCCUUGCAGAAAUAGUGAGACGAAAAGCAUCCAUGAAGCUGUACAUGGGCAUGGCUGGACAACUGGCUGAAAGACUUGCUAGUAAGCGGGAGGCUGAGGUCAGGAGACGAGAGGAAUUUCUGAGAAUACAUAGUUUAUGCAUCCCUAGAGAUGUAUUGUCGGCUAUGGGAUUGUUUGACACUCCUAACCAGUGUGAUGUCCAUAUAGCUCCAUUUGAUGUUGGUUUGCUUAAUAUUGACAUAUCAGAUGUAGAUAGGUAUGCUCCUGAGCAUCUAGCAGGAGUAAUGUCCAAGAUGGAGAAGCAGGGGAGCUUCAAAAGUUCAUCUGCUCUGAGUGGUUCUAGCUCUCACUCGGCCGAGACUGUAGAAAUUACCUCCGAGUCAAUUGACAGAUAUGAUUCUGAGGACCUUCUUGAUGGCAGUGAGCUGGUUGAAAUUGCUGGAACUAGCAAAAUGGAAGUUGAGAAUGCAAAACUCAAAGCUGAGCUUGCUUCAAGAAUUGCUUUGAUAUGUUCACUGUGCCCUGAGAUUGAGUACGAGUCACUGGAUGAUGAAAGGAUGGAUCAUAUAUUGAAGAAUGCUACAGAGAAGACAGCGGAAGCCUUGCAUCUGAAAGAUGAAUAUGUUAAACAUGUUCAAUCCAUGCUUAAGAUGAAGCAGAUGCAGUGUGAUUCAUAUGAGAAACGUAUUCAAGAAUUGGAGCAGAAAUUGUCCAAUCAGUACGUGCAGGGGCAGAAGAUGUCCAGCCUACAUGAUGCUACUGACUUCCCACUUAUGUCUGGGAAGACAGACAAUUGCAAAUCGCAAUAUGUGAGCAGUGAAGCCCACAUGCCUUGCGUAUCUACUUCAGAGCCCAUGGAUGAGGUAUCAUGCAUCUCGAGUUCCUUGGAUGCAAAACUUGGUCUAUUUGCAGAACACACUGAUAAAGCUUUAGAUGGAGUGGAUGAAAACAUGUUGGAUUCCUCUGGAGUGCAGAACCCACAGUUGGAUUCUUCUAUGAUGGAGCCACACCGUGAAGAAGUGCAAAGUGGUGAUAAAGAUAAAAAGGAAAAGAUUGUUGGACAAUUAGGCAUGUCACUAACUAAUAGUUCAACUGCUGAGAGCAUGCCUGUGCAGCAUGAUAUUGGACCUUGUAGCUUAGCAGAUUGUGCAGUAUUGGGUUCCAAAAUAAACAAUGACAAGUUGUUGGAACUACAAAGUGCACUUGCAGAGAAAACAAAUCAAUUGAAUGAGGCUGAAAACAAGCUUACAGCUGUUGUAGAUGAGGUUGCUAGUCUCAAGAGUGAGCUGGAAGCCAAGUUAAUACUACUUGAUGAAUCUCAGAUGAAUUGUGCUCAUCUAGAGAAUUGUUUGCAUGAGGCAAGAGAGGAAGCUCAAACACAAAAAAGUUCUGCUGACAGGAGGGCCUCAGAAUAUAGUUUACUGCGUGCAUCUCUCAUUAAAAUGCGCAGCCUUUUUGAAAGGCUCAAGACCUGUGUUUAUUCUCCUGGUGCUGUGGCUGGUUUUGCAGAUUCGCUGCGUAUUUUGGCACAAUCUUUGGCCAACUCUGCAAAUGACAAAGAUGAUGAUGAUAUUGCUGAGUUCCGAAACUGCAUUCGUGUAUUGGCUGAUAAAGUUGGUUUCUUAUCAAGGCACCGUGAAGAGCUACUUGAGAAGUACACAAGAAUAGAAGCUGCUAAUGACCAGCUCCGGAAAGAAUUGGAGGAGAAAAAAGACCAGGUCAAAACCUAUUACAACAAGCAUCAGCUUGAGAAACAGGCUAAUAAAGAGAAGAUUUCUUUUGGUUGUUUGGAAGUUCAUGAGCUUGCUGCCUUUGUGCUCACUCCAGCUGGGCAUUAUGUGGCAAUUACUAGGAACUGCUCUAAUUACUACCUAUCCACUGAAUCUGUGGCCCUUUUUGUUGACCAUCUCCCAAGCAGACCUAACUACAUUGUUGGACAAAUUGUGCAUAUUGAACGCCAAAUUGUGAAGGCAUCAGCGCAUACUGUGACUCGGCCGGAGCGUCAUGGUAGGUCUGAUAAACUGACAUCUGACACGGGGACUGACCGGUUAUCCUUGAAUUCAGGAUCAACUCUCAAUCCAUAUGGUCUCCCUGCUGGCUGUGAAUAUUUCAUAGUGACCGUAGCAAUGUUACCUGAUACCACCAUUCAUUCAUCAUCUCCUUCCUGAUCCUGCAUCAUCCUGGCAGAUUAGACGUGAUGGAAGAAUUUAAUUGUACAUACGAAAAACAACUUUCCAAAGAUGAAAUGCUCUUUCUGAGUAUUGAACUGGUUAACCAUUUGUAUAGCUGAUGAACCAGAUCUGUUUCAUCUCCCCUGUACAUAUUUUUACCUUUAUGAUUCUGUACAAAUUGUGAAUAUUAUUUAGCACCUGUUUAUUUGGAACUUUGCUGUUUCUUUUUAA